AUGUACACCCAAGACCAUCCGCAGUUUCUGGCCAUGAACUGGGUGCGAGCGAGCUUGAAGCUGACUGCUCUCAAGAACUUCCCCAUCACUGGCAUCCACAACAAGGCCGUCAAGCAGAUGGUCUUCGAGAUGUACGCCGCGACCGCUUCCCAGUUCAAGAUGGAGAUGGCUGCCCAGAUCGGCGGCAUGCGGCUUCUGCACCUCAACCUCGACCUAUGGGUGGACAAGUUCUCGAGCUUGAAGUACAUCGGUAAGAUAAAACGCGUGACCAGCAGCUGA